CCGCCCGCUUCGCUCGCUGGAGGCGGGUCUAGGCUCGAUGUAAAUCGGUGUGAAGCUCAGUCACAGCAGGUUCGGUGAGGAAGAGUAAAAGAAAAGCUUUGUCAUGGCUGCUCUGAGAGCCUGUCGGGUUGGGCGAAGCAUUGUUGCUAGUGGCUUGAGAGCACAAUCCAGUCAUGCUACUGCAACAUCACCAAAAAGCAAAUCUGCCGCUGGUUAUAGCUUUGAACUUACAGAUGAACAGAAGGAAUUUCAAGCCACAGCUCGUAAAUUUGCUAGAGAAGAAAUUGUACCUGUUGCUUCUCAUUAUGACGUAACUGGAGAGUAUCCUGUUCCUCUCAUUAAAAGGGCAUGGGAGCUUGGCUUGAUGAAUACACACAUACCAGAAAGUUGUGGUGGUCUUGGCCUUGGCUCUUUUGAUGCUUGCCUUAUUACUGAAGAAUUGGCUUAUGGAUGUACAGGAGUUCAGACAGCUGUUGAGGCAAAUUCCCUAGGUCAAAUGCCAAUCAUAAUUGGGGGAAAUGAGCAACAGCAGAAAAAAUAUUUAGGAAGACUGACUGAAGAACCCCUAAUGUGUGCAUAUUGUGUAACAGAACCUGGUGCAGGCUCUGAUGUAGCAAGUAUAAAGACAAGAGCUGAAAGGAAAGGAGAUGAAUAUAUUAUUAAUGGACAAAAAAUGUGGAUCACCAAUGGUGGCAAAGCUAAUUGGUAUUUUUUAUUGGCACGUUCCAAUCCUGAUCCAAAAGCUCCUGCAAGUAAAGCUUUUACUGGAUUUAUUGUGGAAGCUGACAGCCCUGGAGUACAGAUUGGAAGAAAGGAGCUUAACAUGGGCCAGCGCUGUUCAGAUACGAGAGGGAUUGUUUUUGAGGAUGUAAGAGUACCCAAAGAAAAUGUACUUAUUGGUGAAGGAGCUGGCUUUAAAAUUGCCAUGGGAGCUUUUGAUAAAACAAGGCCUCCAGUAGCAGCUGGUGCUGUUGGAUUAGCACAGAGAGCUUUGGAUGAAGCUACAAAAUAUGCCAUGGAAAGAAAAACCUUUGGGAAGGCCAUUGCAGAGCACCAAGCAGUGUCCUUCAUGUUGGCUGAAAUGGCACUGAAAGUGGAACUGUCUCGCCUGGCCUACCAGAGGGCAGCAUGGGAGGUAGAUGUUGGUCGUAGAAAUACCUAUUAUGCAUCCAUAGCAAAGGCAUAUGCUGGAGACAUUGCAAAUCAAGUAGCUGCUGAUGCUGUCCAAAUUUUUGGAGGAAAUGGAUUCAAUAGUGAAUAUCCAGUGGAGAAACUAAUGAGAGAUGCAAAAAUAUACCAGAUUUAUGAAGGAACAGCUCAAAUUCAGAGAAUAAUUAUAGCUCGUGAACAUAUUGGCAAGUUUAAAGCUUGAGAAUGUCCCUGAUGUACAUUAUUAGCUUGAUUUACAAAUGUUGGGCUUUUUUCCCCCUGAUGCUUUACUUUUAAUAUUGGACAAAAAUGGCAUCAACAGUGGCAGUAUCAAUACUUAAUACAUGAAAAAGCCAGUCAGUUAAUUUCUAGAACUAUUCAAGAGAUUUCACAUUUUUGUUCAGCUUUAUCAUGACAUGAUUAUCUCUGUUCUCUGAAAUCUCUAUAGUAUAUUUAAAGUGCCUUGGAUUUUUGUAGUUGAACAGGUCACUGACAUAGAUUAGAUGAAUAAUUUCAUAGCAGAUUGAAGUCUGGGAGCCAUGUGUAAAUUAGAUGUUGUUAGAUCUGUAUUGCAUAUUACAUAUUGACUACAUUAAAAAUAUUUUUGCAGAUAAAUUAGUUGUAUUGCCUGGAGUUGGAUUCAUAAAGAAUAUAUAAGUUAUUCUUGUUUUACAGAACAUAAUGAAAUUUAAUGAAAGUUCCUUAUUGAAAAAUGCAAAAAAAAAAAUCUAUCCCAAUUUCCUUUCCCAUGCCUUAGCUCCACUAUUUGGAAUCUACUUCAACUCUCUAGGAUAAAUUUUUGAGGGUGUUGUAAAAGAAGAGAGAUAAUGGUACCUUAAAUGUUAUGGUAUUCCUUGAUAGGUAUUAUUUGAUCUUUGAUCAAUCAACAAUUCCAAGUUACAAUGCCACUUAACGAAUGGUGGUUACAACUAAUUCUUGGAGUUUUGGUCAUCCUAGCACCCUGCUAGUCAUGUGAUUACAAUCUGGGUGCUUGACAAUCAGUUCACACUUACAGUCAGUUGACAUGCAUCCCACAAUCAUGAUUGCCAGCAAUCUUUCCUGCUGGCUUCCCCAGAAGGCCAAUGGAGAAGAUGGAAGGGACGAUUGCAAGUUGCUGAGGUGUUUCUUAUCAGUUUCCCAGCCUCUGUGCACUCGCUUCGCAUUAGCCACUUAUCCUCUGAUCCAUACCCCGUGCACACCCUUUGAGCUGCAUGAACACUUUGUACACCUUUACCAACCCCUCCUGGCACCUCGCAUACUGUUCCUGAUCCAUGCAGCACCUUUCAUGCACCCCCAUACAUCACAUCACUUGAGAAUGCAAAAUUCCUUUCACAAUUGCUGUUGCGAGGACAUGAUAAACGUAUCAAAUAUGAUAUAGUUAUGCAAUGCAAUUUUUCCCAAUGAUUUUAUAUUUAUGGUAUUCUUAUGAGCUGUGAUUUCAAAUUACUAAUGAGCCAAAAUUCUAUAUGCUUAAAUAUGACCUUUUUAUUAUAAUGGAUGUAUAUAGUUACUUUGGUACUGCUCCCAAAGUUUAGCGAAUACCAUAUGGAAGUU